AUGUCUUCCACCGCGCCCUCCGUCAAGACCUCGACCAUCGUGGUCGCCAGCGUCGGCGCCGUCGUCACCGGCCUCGUUGCCUACGCCUUCUACUUCGACUACAAGCGGAGGAACGAUGCGGAUUUCCGCAAGGCUCUGAAGCGCGAAUCCAAGAAGCAGGCGCGCGCAGCCAAGGAGGAGGCUGAGGCCGGCGCUGCUCAGCAGAGGAUAUUGAUCCGCGAGGCCGUCGACCGCUCCAACGAGGAAGGCUUCCCGCGCGACCCGGAGGAGGUUGAGGGCUACUUCAUGCAGGAGGUCGCCCACGGCGAGCAGAUGACCCAGGACGGAUCGGACCCCGUCGAGGCGGCGCUCUGCUUCUACAAGGCCCUCAAGGUCUACCCGCAACCCAAGGAGCUGAUCAACAUCUACGACAAGACUGUGCCCAAGCCCAUUCUUGACAUCCUCGCCGAGAUGAUCGCCUACGAUAAGUCGAUACCCAUUGGCAAGCCCGGAAACGACAAUGCCGUUGACGAGUAA